CCACACACCCCCCUCCUCCUCCUCUCCCAACCGCAAUGUCUCUACUGUGUUAUAACAAAGGUUGCGGACAGCGCUUCGAUGCGGAUGCAAACAGCGAUGAUGCUUGCACAUACCAUCCUGGUGUACCUGUGUUUCAUGAUGCGUUGAAGGGAUGGUCUUGUUGUAAGAGACGAACUACGGAUUUUUCAGAUUUCUUAAAUAUUGCGGGUUGCACUAAAGGCCAGCACAGCAAUGAAAAGCCUCCAGAGCCAGUCAAACCUGAAGUGAAGACUUCAUCGGAAAAGGAGAUAGAACUAGAACUAAAACCAAAAUGUAAUGAGUAUGUUAUCCAAGGACCAAAGCCAAUUGAAGCUAUUGUGAGGCCAAGUCAAGAUGAACCUUUGGUAAAAUUGGAACAAAAGGUCUCUCCUUCAUUGAGACGGACACUGGAAAAACUGAAAUUAUCUACUGAGAAUGGACCAGAACGCAAAGAAGAAGAGGGAGAUGAAGUAAAGAUUGGGGUCCUAUGUAAAAAUACAGGUUGCAACAAGCCUUUUGAAGGUCCAGACAGCAAUCAAGAGGUAUGUGAUAGUCACUCAGGAGUACCUAUUUUCCAUGAAGGAAUGAAAUACUGGAGUUGUUGCAAACGAAAAACCUCUGACUUCAAUUCUUUCCUGUCUCAAGUGGGCUGCAUAAAGGGCAAGCACAUGUGGAUCAAAACAGACACAGGCAAGGAAGUUAUUCCAUGCAGACAUGAUUGGCACCAAACUGGAGGACAAGUUAUUAUUACUAUUUAUGCCAAGAACUCGAUCCCAGAGCUUUCUUUUGUUGAAGCUAACAGCACAGUGAGGAUGGACCUAUCUUACCCAAUUCUGAAGAGUAUUAGGCACAGACUGGGAAGACCCAAGGCUUGGGAACCCAAGUAUGUGAUUUGGAGUUUUGCUGGAUUUAACCACAUUAAACUGCAAAGCUUGCCAUUGAGAGCACUGCCUGACCAGCUUACCACUGCUUAUCCAGCAAGACAUUAUGGUUUUGGCUUGCAGGAUUAAUCAGUUGAGCAGGAAUAAUCUGCUCCCAGAGACCAGUGCUGCCAAUGAGCCGAGAUGACUGAUCUGUCAUCAGCAGUACCCUGGAGUAAGUGGACAUGCCAAAUUUAGGAACCGGAUUACCGAGACCGCUACAGAGGGUUAACUUGAUUCCAACAUUCUGUUUCCAAACACAUCAUCUUGGAGCCAGCUCAACUCCAAGGAGACACUACUUCCCUUCCCCCCCCCACCACAGGACCUGUUAAUACUGUGCCAGAAUAAUACAUACCUGUGAGACCUUCCUCGUCCUAUUUCAUUGUGUUUUUAAAAGUUCACCACUUAGAAGAAGUAAUGUGAAGCUGCUGGAAACCACUAAUGCACGAUCUUAGAAACAUUUCUAUUUGGUUUCUUUAUACACUCUUUUUAGUGUGCUAUCCUAAUGAAAGCUUUGCUCUUAAGUGUUUCAUCUUUCACUAAUUAAUUUGGCAACCUGCUUGUAAGAUUUGAUUCCAAAAGGGUGAAGUGAGGGUUUACUCCCCAGUUCACUGCCAAUGUUGACGUCAAAGAGGCAGUAAUUAUUUUAUUUUCCUAGCCCCUUUGGGUAAAUGUGUCAUUAGCCAAAGUAAACACUUUCCUGGUAAGUUAUCUCAAAACAACUUAAUUUAAGUAUAUGUAGUUACAACCGAGCUUGAGCUAAGCAUGAGACAGCCAAGUCUGUCAGUGAUUAUGGUUUUGCUGUCACUUUCCUCCUAUUUCAGAAAUGAGAAUCCCUUGUUUCAAAUAUUAACCGCAGAAAGGCUAAAGCACAAAUUGUCACUUUUUUGAAAAAAUUGAUGUGAACCUGAUCUUAUUUUGCUCCAAGAUGCUACCCUGCAUGAGGGGCUCUAUGUAAAUGCAAGUUGUUGUUGAGAUAUCUCAAAUUUUAUUCGUGAUAUUUCAAGCCUCGUACUGUUUUCAAAUCUUUGUGUGAACUGUUGAAAAUCAGAUAGCUUCUCAUUGCAAAAUACUCUUCAGUUUGGAAAUUUUCAAAUAAAGAAUUUUGAAACUUCAAACUCUUCAUAAGAAAUGCAAAUUACUUCCAUUGUACAUGGAUACUUUUCUUAACCUCAAAGUGCCGUAGUUAAAUAAUAUUUUCCAGGCGCACUAUAUCCAACUUCUCAUGUUUAGUGAUCGGACACUACAAAAAAUAUCUAUCUAGCAGUCCUUCUGACAGAUUUCUAUAAUCGAGUAAUGACUUGAAUAAUAAUUAUUUGAUGAAUCAAACUGGCUUCUGAAAUUUGCAAUUUUUUUGCAUCAUAUGCAUAUUCUAUUGCAGAAAUAGUUAAAUGAAUGAAUGCAACUCAUUAUAUUUUUAUUGUCCCAGCUCAAUAUCCACAUUGUGUUUGAA